AUGGCCUCGAUCGGCGCCAUGGCUGCGCGAAUUUCCAGCAAACCGCGCGUCACCCUGACAGAAUCCGUCGACCAGGAGUCCGUCAUCGUCAUGCUCCUUGACGGAUCCAUCCGUCUCUUCGACAAGCCGUCAGGCUCUAGCGAGCAGCUAACAGCGCAGGCCGUUCUCUCCGAGUACCCCCACAUGAAUCUCUCAUCGCUCGAAGCGCUCGUCGCGCCGAACACUCCGCUCGUGCCAGGAGAGACCUAUUUCCUCACGCCGAAACGCGCACCGUCCGCGGCUCGACCGCCAUUGACGCCCCCUUCAAGGGACGGUUCCCACGCGACUCGCUCCCGCGGCGUGUCGCCGCAUCUCCCCCCGCGAAGCCCCCACGGCGCCGCAAGCGACGGCCAGAUUCCGCUCAUGCGAGACGGGCCGUUUCACCGCGAUUCGAACGAGUCGUUUCAUCACCGGGAUGCACACGGGAGCGCCGCGGGUACGUUGGAGAUACCCACGCGUGUGUCGUCGCCGGGAUGCUGCAGCGCGCGCAGCGAGGAGAGCCUCGAUUUUAGCUUCGUCACCCGCGAAUGCUUUGGCUCGGGCCGACACAACAGCUUUGGUUCGGGCCGAGGCGGAGAGGAUGAAAACGAGGACGAGGAGGAAGGUAGUGAUCAGCCCGCGUUGUAUAAAUCCAAGACUUACAGCGGGAGCCGUAACCUGAAAGGCAGCGGUCGGCAAUCAGCAGAUUACAGGGCGAAGCAUCAUAUCGAGUUGUCGCCACAUCGUGGCGAGGGUCGCCACAGCAGAACGCCGUCCAUAUUCCCUUCGCCAACGUCGUCCGUGUCGAGUGUUACCAGCCAGCGCGAACACAGGCUCCCUCCGCGACCGUCGCCCCCCACAACGCCAAAUCCUUUCCUCGCCGAGAUCGCGGCCCUUAAUGAAGAAGAUAACAACGCGGAUUCUGCGACGGCAACCACAGCCGCUUCGAGUCGCGCGCAUCCCUUGUCUUCUCAGUCCGAAGGGUCGUCUCUUAAAGCGAAGGUCCUCGCGACGCUCGCGCACUUUAAGCCCCGCAGCCUGCGGCGCCUUACCUCUCCUGGCAAGAAGGCUGCUGCUUUUCCCACGGCUCAUUCCUCUGGACCGUGUGUAGAGUACGAUGACGUCACGGCCGAGAUCGGAUUCUGUGAGUCCGAGUCAGCACGGGACUGGGCUGACGUGGACAGCAAGCUGUACAUGAUGACGGACACGCGGAUUGGACACCGGCAAUCGCGGAAUGCAAGCGGCGGCGCGCGCGCGCACGCGGGAUUUGCGCAAAACUUCGACGGCGUCGCUUGGGAGGCUCCAUCGCAGAUUACAUGGGGUGACGGCUCGGGUCGCGCGAAUUCUCGUCAAUUUCAGCGGACCGUGUCGCCUUCACCUGACUUCGGUGCUCAGCUUCCUUCCAGAAUCUGCCGGAGUUGCAACGGCAUGAGCAGCUGCUGCUCCUGCGAAUCGCAACCUGUCGCAGAGUGUAACGUGCGACGAGGCUACGCGUCGCAGGGUUCCUCGCGGCAACAGAGCCCUGCGAUGAUGCAGAGGCCAGGGGAGGAUUUUGUACAUGAUGGCAGGCAUGUGAAGAGUAACGCGGUGGACUGUAACGAGUAUAUCAUGCCGCCUGUCAACCAGAGGUUCCUGUCGGGGCCCAUCGCGCAUCGCGCAGCCAUAUUUUAG